AUGAUCACUCCUUUUCGCAGUACCGCGGCCGCCAUGUCGCGCACGCACAACCCGCAAGCGACGUACUACGACGGCCGACUUCGCCAAGGUCCUGCUUUAAUCCGUGCCCGCCGACCAUAUCUCUUCAAGAAUGCUUUUACCGGUCUUGGUUUGCUUGCCAUUGUCGGUGGCAUCUACUACUAUACCCUGAGCGCUGUCGGUCAGGAUGACUUUGAAGAUGUCAAGGUUCCCGAUAUUCCCAGAAAACCGACCGAGGCCAAAUAA